AUAAUUACACGAGUUUUCUUGUAUUGCAACAAAAAAAAAUAUAUUUAUAUGUCGUACCUCGUUGCUCAUCCAAUAAUUACAGGGAAGUCCCCUGGAAGUGGCAGCUUCAGCUUAAGACCAGAGGCAGUCCCAAUGUUUGGAUCAUAGGGUGUCAGAUAUUUGGUGACCAGUUAUGGUAAAAUCCUGCUGAAGAUCAACUCUAUAAUGACCCAAAAGUAAAAGUUUUCUUCUUUAAAACGGACCUCCAAAUUUGAAGUUCGUUGAAUCAGCGAAAAGUACUCAAUAAAUACUCAAUUCCCUUCUCGUCUGGUUGCCGAUUCCAUUCCCUUCUCGUCCAAAUCCGUUCCUGAAAUUUUGAACAAAUACUCAAUGAACCCACGAUCGGUAGAAGCCGAUAUUAUUGAAGAAACCAUAGCAGAGUGCGAGGCGCCUGCAAUGAAAGGGGAAGACAAGAAGUGUGCGACUUCCCUGGAGUCAAUGGUUGAUUUCACUACGUCAAAGCUGGGCAAAGAUGUUCUAGCAGUUUCAAGCGAAGCACAUAAAACAGAUGCAACAUUCCAGAAUUAUGGUGUUGUGGAUGUUUCCAAGUUGAACAACAAUGAUAAAACAAUCGUUUCUUGCCACAAGCAAAACUAUGUCUACGCGGUUUUUUACUGCCGCACCACGCAGAAUACCGAUGCAUGCAUGGUUAAUUUAGUUGGUGCUGAUGGAGCUAAAGUCAAGGCUGUGGUUGUUUGUCACAAGGAUACAUCAGAAUGGAAUCCAAAGCAUUUGGCCUUUCAGCUGCUAAAAGUGAAGCCUGGAACUGUUCCAAUCUGCCAUUUCCUUCCUGAGGAUCACAUCGUCUGGGUUCCAAAGAACUAAAUAUUCUGCAGAAACUUGUUUACAUCUCCGGAUUGAUCAAUAUUUCUUGCUUUGAUGCUGUUUUUAUAUACGUCUUCAUCAGCCUGGGUGUUCAAGUCAUUAUCUUCCCAUGAUUAAAUUAAAUAAAUCCUUGUUUGGCCUCUCUUCGUCACCGGUUGUAUUAUGUCAAUGUCAUGUAUAUCCCCCAAAUGUAAGCAUAUUGUCAAUGGUUCAGUUGUAUCUGGUUCAUGCGUAAAUUUACUUUUUUUACAGUCUAUAUAAUCAUCCUUGCUUAUAAUAAAUACCUCCUAUAUUCAG